AUGGCCCAACUGCCCCCGGCCGACCCCUGCGCGAGCCUCCAGGGGCAACAGAUCCUCAGCAUCAGGACUUCGCCCAAGGCGCAGUCCGGGAGGGCGGAAUUACCACGUCGUCGACAGAAUCGGAGCUGUGAUCAGUGUCGCAAGGGCAAGAGAGCCUGCGACGCGGCCAUCGUGGGGAAGACAGGUUCGCCCACCUCAUCGUCGACAUCCAGUGGUUCUCCUGACACCGGGGUCCCUGCUGCGGGCCCAUGUUCGAAUUGCAGGCGAUGGAGGAAGGAGUGCACGUUCAAGUGGCUCCAUUCAGUACAGACCAAGAGUUCGAAGCGGCGAAGGAAAUCUGAAACCGCUCAGGACAGCGCAGAGUGCGAACCGAUCGCAGCAGCGUUGAAUGAGUCGAACCUACAGAUUCCGGGCACCUACGUUGGUCCACCGGCCGAUCCCACAGCAAACCACGAGAAUCCUUCGCUAUGGGAGCAACAAGAUCCACUGACCGCGGCCCUGCGAUGGCAGGACUCGUCGGACAGCUCAGAUCUGUCCGGAAGUAGAGGCCCUGAUUCCGUCGAAGAUGACAUGUCAGUAGUAGAGACAGACGUAAUCGGCUUUGCUAUCAGGCACGACGAACCGAUGCAGCAUGAACAGACGAUGAGAGGCUAUCAAGAUCUAAAUAGGCCUCAAUCCUACCCUCCCAAUUACGUCUCUGAGGAAGGUGAACACCCGCGUCGUCAUGCCUUGCAAUCAGAGAGGCAUCCUUAUCGGAAAAAGACAUCGUCGCCGCCAAAGACGGUCAGCGAGCUGCUACACCAGUCAGGAAAACUGUCACAAUCUUUCAGUCGUUCUGCAAUGACCCAAAAUCUUCUUCGAAUCUAUCGCGACAGCAUGGAGAAUGCCCUGUCUUGUUGGCUUAUAGAGAGAACCUGUCCGUACAGCGGACCAGUCACUUUGAGCGGCAAGAGACCGGACGUUCCUCCGCCGUUUUCUAUGAAGUCCGAAUGGGGUCCGAAUUGGUCGAAUCGAAUCUGCACACGAGUCUGCCGCCUGGACCGCGCUUACUCGAUGAUACGCGGGCGGAGUUUGACUUCUACGGAAGAGAAGGCAGCUUCUCGGGCGCUCCAUACCUCCAUUAUGGCCUUUGCUACGCAGUGGACGCAGACAGGUCGCCCUAUUGUGGAGGAUGGCAGCGCCGAUUCCUCAAUAUCUCCGAAGGGUAUCCAUCGAUCAAUCCAGGAAUCGUGUUGGAACCAGGCAUAUAAAGCGCUGAAUGAUUCAGUCGGUAUAGAAUCAUUUCGCGUGGUCUUUGCUCACAUCAUUUUCUCUCUCACUCUACGGCCGUUGAACGUGAAGCAACAUCUAGAGGCCAUGAAUGCGCGGCGCUGUAUCAGCUGCCAACGGAGACGAAGUUCUGUUAACUUGUCAUCCGGAGAACCACCGAGUGACUGUACUUGCGGUGUAUCAGACUUUUCAGAGCUGUCGGAGAUACUUGACUCUGACAAGGCCCCCCUCUUCCUGGAGACGGCAGUUCGGCAGAUGUACACUUAUCGACACAAAUUGGCAGGGGUCCAGCGCCGUGGCGCCCUAGCUGGUCAACAUAGAAGCGGAGGAGAAAGUCCAUCGACAAUGGAUCCUUUCGCACCAUUCGCGCCUCCAGAACGGAGAGCGAGCAUCGGUGGACCUCCACAGCCGAGCUCACAAACACAAAUGGUGUUAAGUGCUACCGAUUACGAGACUUUCAACCUACUCUUUUGGCUGGGUAUCAUGUUCGACACCUUGUCCGCCGUCAUGUAUCAACGCCCCCCGGUCGUCUCGGAUGAAGAUAGCGAUGUCACCACUGCAAUACCUGAAGAGCGAGCUCAGUCCACAGCCAUGGAGAAUGAAAUCGAUCUGAACGGAUGGAACAUGCUUUCUGUGUACGCCGAUGCCGGGAAGAAGGGAAAGGAGAUAUGGGGUGAUUUCUUUCUUGACAAGAGACCUGUCACACGCUGGAAGAAUAUCACCAACUGGCCUUGUUCUUACGAAGAGGCGGCCGAGAUCCUGUCUGAUGCUGCGCCAGUCAAAGUGCUGAUCUACCGUCGCCUGACACGCUUGCAGACGUUGAUCUAUCGAGGUGCUCCUGCCGAGGAACUUGAGGAAGCAGUUCAGGAGUCACUUCGGGUAUAUCAGUACUGGAACCAUACCUACGGGCGGUUCAUGCUAGGCUGCGUCACGCAUCACGAGAGCCUUCCACCUCGAGUGCAGUCAUGGUACAUUCUCCUCGCCGCCCAUUGGCAUCUCGCCCCCAUCCUGAUGGCCGAUAUCUUGGACGGGACAGACAGAGCUGGUAUAGGCGUCGAAUCAGAGCGAGAAUCGAGGCGCGCCACGCACUUUUCCUCUGCCUUGCGAAAGGAAAAUGCCUUUGCUGUCUCAGAACUGGCUCGCUGCUGCAGUCAUGACCAAGCUUCGUCUUUCUCCAAGGCCGCCGAGUUCCACGAUGCGGUUAAUUCCCAGGCUCUCCUCACUGAGCCAUGGACAGCCGUUCUUAUCCGCUCUUUCGCUCGAGCAGGAUAUAUCCUUCUAGACGGUGUCGCUGCUCCGCCCUCGGGUGAGGAACCCCCAAACAUCUACCUUGCGCAGCCCGGCAUGCUCGAGGAGUCCAGACGACGCUGCCAGAUGUGCAUCGAUGCUCUACGUUGGAUAGGCAGAAAGUCAGACAUGGCGUUCCUUGCCGCCAGAGCGCUAUCCGACAGUUAUGAGGCGAGAAUCAAUGGCGCCCGACGAAGCACCACGUCUGCGGAGAUCUCAGAGAUCCCAUUCCCGGAAGUCGAAGUUCCUGACUACCAAACACACGAUGAUUGUUCACGCGAUGACAUUCUAUAUCCGCUGGUUGGAUCUAUUGCUGGGUAGGGUAGGGUAGUAUAGUUAUUUGCUAGCGGUCACCUUGUAUCCAGCCGCCAUUAAUUACCCGUAUAUACAGUGUAUCACAAUACAGUGUAUCACAUGUACUUUCCUUUCGCACGUGGCGGUGGGUUGGUCGCGAGGUGGCGAGGCGGCGUCUCGCGAGGUGGCGAGGUUUUUGUUACCAGUAGAUUACUAGUAAAUUACUAUUUUAUAUUAAAAUUAUAUUAAUAUAUACUAAUAGGGAAU